UUUGUUGCAGUCAACAAAUAAAAUACACUAACCUGUAAAUUUGUCGGGCAGCAAAAGCACAGAGCCCGAAGUCUUAGAUACCUCUUAUCUUUAUCAUCUGUUAAGUAAUGGCAUUUUGUAUGAGAAACUUUACACGUUGGCUUGCCACCAAAAAUAAUUUAAACCGAACAAUUCCAAGAGCAGAGCACGUACCCAUUAUUUCAUAAAAUCUGGACACGGUACUCCCACAUUCUCAAAUCCGCCAAAAGAACAUAAAAAACAAAAUCAUAGUGGAGGAAGAAACAUGACAUGAAAGACCAGAAUGAAAUUAGUUGCUGCUCUCCCCGUUUAUUGCUAGUCCCGAAGUCUAUAAGCGCCGAAUACAAAUUAUUCGAAUAGUACAGCUUCCCAUUUCGAUGGCAAAAGCAAAUUCAAACUGUCUGGUUUUUGUUCUGAAUGGAGAGAGAAGAGAAGUAGAUCUGUCUCAAAUCAACCCAUCAACUAGUCUGCUCUCUUAUCUUCGUUGUCAUACUGAUUACAAAGGAGCUAAACUUGGCUGUGGAGAAGGUGGGUGUGGGGCUUGUGUGGUGUUCUUAUCAAAAUACAAUGCUGAUUCACAGAAGAUAUAUGGAUUUUCAAUAUCUUCUUGCUUGACACUGUUGGGUUCUAUAGCUGGUUGUUCCAUCAUAACUUCUGAAGGCCUUGGGAAUUGCAGGGACGAUUAUCAUGCUAUCCACAAAAGGAUUGCAGGUUUUCAUGCAUCACAGUGUGGGUACUGCACUCCAGGAUGGUGCAUGUCUCUUUAUGGUGCUCUUCAUCAGGCCGAAGCUAAAGGAGCACAUGAACUUAGACAGGGGUUUUCAAACCUUUCAGUUUUGGAAGCAGAAAAAUCUAUUGCAGGCAAUUUGUGCAGGUGUACUGGCUACAGACCCAUUGCUGAUGUGUGUAAGAGUUUUGCAGCAGAGGUUGAUUUGGAAGACUUGGGUCUCAACUCCUUUUGGAAAAAGAAAGAAAUCCCGGACCUAAAUAAACUUCCUAAAUAUGAUCGAGCUGCAGUGCAAACAAAUCCCAAAUUCUGUAGCCAAAAGUGUGAAGAAUCUGGAACUCCCACAUUGAAUUUCGCUUAUAAGGAUGAGUUUGAUGGAGAACAACGCGUUUGGAUUAGACCAUCCAACUUGGAGGAGACUUUGGGAACUUUGAAAGAAACUGCCAAGGAAAAUGUUGAACUUAAGCUGGUUGUAGGUAAUACUAGUGCUGGGAUCUACAAAAAUGUAAGACCUAAAGUUUUUGUUGAUAUCAGUAAUAUCCCAGAGCUACAGAUUAUUAAAAGACAUGAAUUUGGGAUUGAAAUUGGAGCAGCUGUAACCAUUUCCAAUCUUAUUGAAGUCCUGGAGGAUGCAAAUGAUGUUUUGGAUCCUGGGAAACUAGUUUAUCCUAGAAAUUUAAUCUUUGAGAUCAUUGGCAAUCACCUAAAAAAGGUGGCCUCUGGAUUUAUUAGAAAUACAGCUAGCAUUGGUGGUAAUUUAAUUAUGGCCAAGAAAUUGUCAUUUGAUUCAGAUCUUGCAACCAUUCUCCUUGGAGCUAGUGCAACAGUCAAAAUUAUUUCAAUUGAGAAAAUAGAAUCUGUAUUAACCAUGGAAGAAUUCCUUGACAAACCUUGUCUUGAUUCAGGGGCACUGUUGCUAUCAGUACGCAUUCCAUACUGGAAUAAAGUUAAUAAUCGAGUUGAAGAUAGUGACAUCAAUGGUAGUUUUGAAUGUUACGAAAAUCUAUUCAAAACAUAUAGGGCGGCCCCUCGUCCGCUUGGUAAUGCAGUGUCAUAUGUUAAUGCUGCUUUCUUGGCUCAAAUCUCACUCAAUAAACCUCAAGGACAUCUGAUUGCAAAGAGUCUUCGGCUUGCUUUUGGUGCAUUUGGUGUGAAGCAUGCAAUAAGAGCUAAAAGCAUAGAAGAAUUCCUCAUCGAUAAAGUUAUAUCUUCAUCUAUUCUUCUCGAGGCAAUAGAAAUGCUUAAAGCACAUAUCAUUCCUGUGGAAGGCACCUCAAAAUCUGCUUACAGGCAAAGUGUGGCUGUUGGUUUCCUUUUUGACUUCUUUUGUCCUUUUGUAAAUAAUAUGGUUCCUCCUUGCAUUAUUGAUCCUCGAGAAGUGAGCAAUAGCCAGAGUGGGAUUACUCCCAACACUAUGAAUUGGUCUUGUAAACCGAAAAGUCUUACAAGUGGUAAACAAACUAUGGAGUUUCAUCUAGAGUAUCAUCCAGUGGGUCAGCCUUCUUCAAAAGUAGCUGCCGAGCUUCAGGCAUCAGGGGAAGUUGUAUAUGUAGAUGACAUACCUUCUCCAAAAAAUUGCUUAUAUGGGGCAUACGUAUACAGCGAAAAGGCUUUAGCAUUGAUUAAAAAGGUUGAUGUAAAACAUGUGUUGGAAUCUCCAAGUGUUGUUUCCUAUAUAUCUUCAAGUGAUAUUCCUAAACAAGGAAGAAACAUAGGAGCUGAGGCACUUUUUGGUGGAGAAACUCUACUUGCUGAAGAUACAGUAGAGUGCAUUGGUCAACCGAUAGGACUUAUGGUUGCAAAUACUUGGCAUGAUGCCAAAAGGGCAGCUGAUAAAGUGACUGUAGACUAUGAUUGUGAGACAUUAGGUCCUCCAAUUCUAUCUGUGGAAGAUGCCAGAGAAAAAGAAAGUUUCUUUCCAGUUCCAGAAUGGUUUGCUCCAAAACCCAUAGGAGAUUUUGCAGAAGGAAUGUCAGAAGCAGAUCAUAAUAUCGAAUCUGCAGAGGUCAAAAUUGGCUCUCAGUAUUUCUUUUAUUUAGAAAACCAGACUGCAUUAGCUGUUCCAGAUGAAGAUGAGUGCAUGGUAGUGUACAGCUCAUGCCAGAAUCCUUGUAUUUUACAAACAAGUAUUGCAAAGUGUCUAGGAAUUCCUAUUAAUAAUGUGCGCGUUAUAACAAGAAGAGUAGGUGGUGGAUUUGGUGGAAAAGCCUUCAGAUCUGUACCUGUUGCAGUAACAUGUGCAUUGGCUGCAUACAAGCUGAAGCGUCCUGUCAGAAUGUACCUUGAUCGUACAACAGACAUGAUCACAACUGGUGGACGGCAUCCCAUUAAAGCAAACUAUACUGUUGGUUUUAAAAGUGAUGGAAAAAUUACGGCUUUGCAUGUGGAUUUAUUCAUUGAUGCAGGCUUUUCACCAGAUAUAAGCCCUGCCCUGCCUUAUAAUAUAAUUUCAGCAAUGAAGAAAUACAACUGGGGAGCUCUUUCAUUUGACUAUAAAGUAUGUAAAACAAAUCUACCCAGCAAAUCUGCAAUGAGAGGACCUGGAGAUGCACAGGGAUCUUUCAUUGCAGAAAACAUUAUUGAACAUGUUGCCUCAAUUCUUGGUUUGGAUUCAAUUGUUGUGAGGGAAAAGAACCUACACACAUUUGAGAGUGCUGUGUUCUUCUAUGGAUCUUAUGUUGAGAGUCCUAUUGGCUAUACAUUGCCAUCCAUAUGGGAGAAACUGAAACAAUCUGCAUCUAUGAAUGAGAGAAUGAAGAAUAUAAGAGAUUUUAAUGCUGCUAACAGAUGGUUUAAGAGAGGAUUAUCCAUGGUGCCAUGCUUUUUCUUAGCAAUGCUUACUCCUAGACCAGCAAGAGUAACCAUUUUUGGAGAUGGUUCUAUUGCUGUAGAAGUAGGAGGAGUUGAGUUAGGUCAGGGAAUUUGGACAAAGGUAAAGCAGAUGACAACAUAUGCUCUCGGUCAGUUAUGGCCAGGUUUAAGUGAAGAUAUCAUGUCAAAAGUUCGAAUUGUUCAGACAGACAGUAUCAGCUUAGCUCAUGGAGGAAUUACUUCUGGAAGCACUACAUCUGAGGGAAGCUGUGAAGCAGUUCGUCAUGCUUGUAACAUAUUAGUUGAGAGACUUCACCCAAUUGAGACUUACUUGAAGAAAAGUAGUCCAAAUGGUUUCUGUUGGAAAGAUUUGAUUUUCCAGGCUCAAAUGCAAUCAGUGGAUCUUUCUGCACAAAUUUACUGGGUUCCUAAUUCAAAUUCUUCAAAAUAUCUCAAUUUUGGUGCAGCAGCAAGUGAGGUUGAGGUUGACCUUCUUUCGGGAGCAACUACAAUACUUCAAACAGAUAUCAUUUAUGACUGUGGAAGAAGCCUGAAUCCUGCUGUUGACCUUGGACAGAUUGAAGGUGCUUUUGUACAAGGAGUUGGGUUCUUCAUGACAGAGGAAUAUGUUGUUGACAAGAACGGAAAGCUUGUAUCUGAUGGAACAUGGACAUACAAAAUUCCAACAAUCGACACAAUACCUCGAAAGUUUAAUGUUGAGCUACUAAACAGUCCUGUGCAUGAAAAACGCAUUCUCUCCUCAAAAGCUUCUGGUGAACCACCUUUACUUCUAGCUGCAUCUGUUCAUUGUGCAAUAAGAGAAGCUAUAAAGGCGGCACGCAAGGAGCUUCCAACUGAUAACAACACACACUUCAGAAUGGAUUCCCCUGCCACUAUGGAUGUCAUAAAGUCUCUCUGUGGCCUCAAUAAUGUAGAAUGCUAUUUAAAGAGCUUGAGUGCUUCUACUAAUCAAUGAGAUGAUAAUUAUGAAGUCAAGAGCCUGUUCAGGCAUGAUUAUGUAAAUAUACAUCAUAGAGAUGGGAAAUAUUGAAAAAAUUGUUGGUGUAACAUAUUGAAAUGGCACAAUCUUCAUAAUAAAUGCAAGUUCAUCAGUGAUUAUAAUUUUACUGUCUAAGACAUAACGACACUAUUUGUAUCAAUCCUCAUUGAAAGAGUGAAGGAAAUCAUAUACUACAUAUGAAUGACGAAAGUAGGUAUCCGGACACAUUGGAUAUUAAAUUUCCUUACUGUGAAAAGAGGUUAAUAUAUUGAUAACAGUUUGGGGCUACAAAAAUGCAGCCAACUUGAAGCAGCAAGGCCGUAUUCCAGUACUUCACAUAUGGAUUCUAAAAGGAGAUGCUCGCUCUCAAACUACUUUUACGUGCAGUUAAACAGCUAUAAUGGCUGCCAAUCUCCAUGACAUGUAUUAAAGGACUAUACAGAUAAAAUCUCAAUGUGGAAAACAACUUGCAUCACACACACAAUGCAACACAAGUAAACUUCAGGGUCACCAUCAUAUGGAGAGAAAACCCGAAGAAAAGUGAGUUUGCUCUUCCAUCACCAAUCCACGAUUAUAUGUGUUUUACAAUACUUUCAUGUGGUCUUACAAUACAUUCAUAGACUGCCUUGAAAUGUACAUGCCAUUUAGCUCCCCGCUGUUGUGGAGAAUGACGGGCUAAUAAUUCAGCAAUCCCAAUGGCUCAGCAUGCAACCUCUGCCAAAAUAGAAUAACUGUAGCAUCUACCCUACACUUGUAGUGGCAUUCCUCUCUGCUAUCAGCAACCUCUCUACGCCAAACAUAGUCUCAGCUCUGCAGUCAGCUAAGAUGGACAUGGCUAUUUGAUGUAUCCAAUUCAAAACUUGAUUGUAUUACUAGAAACUUUUCAUCCGCAAUUUGUUGUAUCCAAUCCAAAAUUUGAUUUUAGUACAAGGAACCUUUUUGUUAUCAAAAUCAAUCAUACCUGUGUCAUUGAAGUCAUAGAAAUGUCACUUUCGAUUGAAUUG